AUGGAAAUGGCCCGUCCUCAAUCCACUUAUAACACGUAUAUGUCGAAUGUGUGGAGUAAACCGAAACGUCUUGCACGAUCCGCCUCGUACACAAAUCUCACCUAUAUAAGGGAAGCAGUACACGACUAUCCGAUUCGUCGCUCUUCAUCCGUUUCCUCACUUGCACCAUCCUUAGCACUUCCACAGCACUACAGACAAGCUGAACGCUUCCUGCCGUCAUCUACCGUUUACAAGCCGAACAUUUAUGACUGGUACAAUAAACCAUACAGUGUCGCCAAAUGGAUCGAUACUCACCGGUCACUCACGAAGCCGCUCUAUCGUAAAUCCGCUUAUGAGCCACUUCCGUACAGUUCUCAUGUACCCUACUAUCAACUUCAAACGCAAAGGAUCUUCAAUAAUCAGCGUCUAGAAAACCAGCGCUCAUAUAUAUCCGGCUCACAGAGAUAUUUGGAUAACUACGUAUCGGCUAGAUUAAAGGCUGACGAUUUUGCACAACAAUACGCCUACACUGCCUAUGAGUGGAGAGUUCCUCAAGUACGUCUCAUGUUUUUUUUUCUUUCAUUUAAACGAGACUGCUUAGCCGUUUUGUUUACAUUCUCAAUUCAUAUCUUGUGA